GAAGGCAGGCGGUUCCUUCUCGUCACUGCUUCAGUUGCUAGUCCCGCACAUUCGCCGCCGCCGCCAUCCACCACUGCUGUCCAUUAACAUAAAACGCAAAAACUGUCCACUGCCGACAUUGAUUGGCGCUUCUCGGCCCCGCUACACUUUCCGUCGGACUCCCGAGUGAAGGCGUCGAUUCGGCCGAUCGAGCGAGGCGAGGGCGCUGCUCCACAUUUCUCCAGAGCGAGCGAACGAGCGAGCAAAGAGGGCGGGCCCCCAGGCGGCGUGGGCGGCAGCUUUGGCGCACAACGGAAUUAGCAUCGUCAGCCGGCGACGGCAACGAUGGCGCCAUACCUCCCUCGGGUGCCCAUCUACCCGAUCUUGGGCGAGAAGCACUUUCUCACCGUCGGGCCCGGCCUGCUCGAGAUUCCAGCGACAAUCAAAGAUUCCUCGCCUCUGAUCGGUCAACCAGCGCCCGAGAUAAAUCUUCCCGAUCACUUAGGACGACGAUGCUCUCUUCACGCCACUAUUGCAUUAGGAAGGCCCAUCAUUGUCUUCUUCUUUCCGUUGGCCGGCUCACCACAUUGCACGAAGGAGUCGUGCCUCUUCCGCGACGCAAUCGGCUUGACACCCGUCUUCAGCGACUUGCAGGCUAUCGUCAUCGGUAUCAGCCAGGAUCCUCCGGAGCGAUCGAAGAAGUUUGUCGAUGAGCAUCAUCUUGGCUAUCGUAUCUUGCACGACGAGCACCGCGAAGCGAUGGAGACUUAUGGCGUCAAGCGGACGAUGAUGGGCCUUGUCGAUCAGCGAUGCACCUUCAUCAUUGAUCCCAGCGGGCUGGUCAGAGGUAUGGCGCAAGGUGUCUUGGACUCGAGCGGCCACCUGAGAUUUGCCGAAAAGUGGCUCAUUCGCCUGGAGCACGAGCUAUCGCAGCGAUCGCGCCAGCUUGUCGAAUAUCAAUCGGGCGCGGGCGACCUUGCGGCGGGCGUCGAUGAGGAUGGUCAUGCGAUGCAGGUCGUCUACGGCGAUGCCGGCAGCGCUCGCGGCGGAGGGAUAGGUGGUGCACCAAGGUACGGCGCUGCGUCGGCUGCUAUGCCAGCCACGAUGUUGCCGCCGCCAGUCAAGGCAUCGAGGAUGAAGAGGAGCGAAAGUUUGGGCGUGACAGAGCAUGGUCAACCAGGUCUGGAGAAAGGAUGGAGAAGUUGGAAGGCAAUGCUUGCGAAUCUCUCAUCGCCCGACAACCUCCCGCCACCGGCCGUUGUCAGCUCGGCUGCAUCUACUGGCAAGUUGUCGAGCACGUACAGCAGGAAACAGAAGGAUACCCGCCUGUCGCCCAAUCUGGAGAGUGAAGAGGCCGAAGGUCGUGCGUCGAGCUCGUCGUCCAUCUAUUCAAAGAGGAGCACCAAGUCGAACCCGGCAAAGUCGUUCUCGAAGCGUUCACGUAGCCUCGCUCGGGAUGGUUUGAAGCGCUUCAAUCGUUCCCAGACCCAGACCCAGACCAUCGAUGGCGAGGCGGAGGAGGUGCCACCUGUGCCCCCGCUGUUUGCCAAUGUCGACACGGGCGAGGCCAAGUACGAAGAUGGAGAGGAUCAGGACUCGUCGACGUUCCGAACCGGAAGCUCCUCCAAGACGAGCUCGGCAUCGACGGCACCCACAAGCAAUGGCCACGGCGGCAGUAUUGGUAGCGUCAAAGCAGCGCCGAUGGAUCUGGGUAAUGGCUGGUCAAAGACACCAAUCACUAGCGAAGUGAUGAUGGUGACAAAUGAAGGGUUUUCCUCGUCAGCGCGCACGCCCAGGGGUGCCAUUGCUUCCAUUGCCGGAGGUGCACCCGUCAUGAGGAAGCCAGUGCCAGGAGGAGGGUCAAGCUCUUUGCCUCCCCGCCACCGACUUGGAACCCCUCCCAGGAGCAGCGAGAGUGCGAGGAGCUUCGAAGGAGCGAGAGGCCGUCGGCGUCCUGUGCCCGAGAUUGGACCGAGCGAGGAGGCAUCAUCGAUAACGCAAGGCCAGGACGAGGAGUUUGUGACCCAGUCUGAGAAUGGCGCUCUUGAAUUCCGACCCAAUCCUCGUCCAAAGUCAAGGAGCAGCAACUCAGACACCUCGUCGGUCGCCACAGUCGAGGCAGUCACGGCACGAAGGAAAGCCACCGGAUUGGAUGCUCAUACCACAACAACUCCCCCGUCUUCGAGGCCUUCAUCGGCUAGCAGUCGCAAGCUGGCCCCAGCGUUGAGGCACCCUUCAGACACGCACUAUUCGUCGCCCCUCUCAGAGAGCGUCCGCUUUUCUCAAGACGAGGCUCGCGAGUCGCUCAUCCUCUCUCCAGACGCAACCAUGUCAUCUCAGCCGUCAACAUCAGGCAGGGACACGCCCACUGUACCCAAGCGCAUCUCAUCGCAAGACACCUCCCGCGAGAUGCCAGGAGCGACAGGCACCGAGCUUGGUCGUCGCUCAAGUGAAAGCUCGCGGAGUGAGAUCAUGCCCUCACCCGUUCAAGGCACGGUGGAGCUGCCUUCGACGACGGCAAGGCGAGCAAAUGGCAACGGACUGGGUUCGACCUUCUCCUUGAAACCCUCUCCGGCCUCAAAGCACCGUCGCAACACUUCUGUUUCCUCCAGCACGUCUAAGAAGACGAAUGCGUCCUCUUCUUCACCGAAGCUCAGCACCUCUACUUCAUCGUCCCGCGCACAGACGCCGACAAUGACAAAGACGGCGACGGCAACCGGUCUCGGCCUCGAAGAAACGUCGCCAGCCCUGGCCGCGGUAGCGGCAGCGCAGAUCGCGCAGAGUCGCCGCCAGUCCAGUGAGGAAGACCACACGGGCAUUUUGAAGGCCAGGUCGACCCUCCCGCGUAAGCCGCCUCCGCCUAUGCAUGCGCCACCGCCGCCGCCGCCGCCGCCGCCGCCGCCGCCAAAGGACGACAUUGGAUCCUCGCCUGCUCUCCUCAACAGCCUCUCCACGUCCAACUUGAACUCUACCAACCACCGGUCGGAGUCCUCCAACGCUUCGUCGGUCACUAGCACAGAGGGCUCCAACACUGGCUCACCCACCGGCUACUCUGACUCCUCGAGACGGCCCUCACUGGCGGGCAGCAUCCAAAGCAACGGCACCUUUGGCUGACCGCCUACACGCUCCUUUUCCGGUACCUUCUCUCAUUCCCAAAUCUCUUCACAUUUACGCUCAUUCCGCUGGCUACUAUUAUUGUAGACCACGUCGCUCUCGCUCAUUUCGCCAUUGUUUCCUAGCUUCUCGCUUCCUCGCUCUAUUCGCAUAGUGGCCAUUAUUCUUGUACGUCCUGUUGUCAUCAUCGAUCGCUUUCCUUUCCCUUCUAGUCAUCAAUCCCAUGGCGUUUUCGGC